CCCAUGUCACCCUCUUUUUUUGAACAAAAUUUGUGCCAAAUGCGAUUGUCCCCUUCGAACCCUGAAAUUCAACUUGUUUCAUUUUCAUUCUUUCUCGUUCUCACUUCUUCCGGCCCCCCGCUCUCUCUCUCUCCCCGGCCGCGCUCCCUGUCUCUCUCUCUCUUUGUACGUGUGAAAUAUGUAGAGUAUUAUGGGGAGUUACUUUUCGCACUCUUUAUCCUCUCUUCGUACAGCACGUACGUGCAACAAUUUCCAUGAUGGCAAUGUUGCAUGCAUGCAAUGCAAGGGACGUUGGACGUGUUUGUUCAUAAGCCAGGAUGAUGGGGUUCAGGGCUGGGGCAACGCAUGCCUAAGGUCAAUUAGCCUUAGCACCACAAGUUAAGUCUAGGGGUGGCUCGGAACUGGCUGCGAAACUGGGCAGUAUUGGCCGACUAAAAUAAUAAUCGGUGGACCGAGUUAGCCAGUUUGACAAGUGUCUGUUGUCACCUUGUAGGGAAGCCUAGCUUCGAGCCAUAUCAUGACGGCCUCUACCUCAGCUUUCUAGUGGAUCAACUCGUUAAGGAAGUUCCGUUUUCAAGAAAGAAAAAAGAAUGUCUGACUGUUUCCUGGUCGAGCAUUACCCAUCCUGUCCUACACUGCGAGUUUCUCUUUCUCAUGUCAUCAUGUUGGUAAAGUGCUGUGAGAGUAACAGCCAUAUGGUUUCUCCUCAAAGGACUUCCUGAGAUACAACGUUUUCAGUUUCAACGUCAAAAAGUGAAGGAAAACGGGAAACAAGGUGGAAAUGUGAGGGCUGAGGCAAACAGGUUAUUGCUACUGAUGAUGGCAGAGGGAGGAGGGGGGUGGCAAGGGAGGGGAGAGAGUGGGCUUUUUCGUUUUGGGAGGGGGGGAUGGAGAGGGGAGAGGAAUGGGGGGGAGAGAGAAGGGGGCAGGGGAGAGGAGGGAGGGGAGAGAAAGGGGGAAGGGAGAGAAGGGGAGAGCAAGGAUGCCGACGAGGACCUGAGAGGGGAAAGAGGUUGAUACCACCAGAUGACGUGACAAGUUGGGGGAGGUUGCUGCCGGAUGCUGCCAUGGGCAUCAAGCAGCGCCUUUGCAAUGGUGAUAAAGUAUCGCCAGACUGUGCUGGGUCAGGUUUGACUUGGGGUUCGCAUGGGGAAGCGGGGAGAAUGCAUGUCAGUGUCCCAAGGGACUCUAGGUAUAUCUGUGCUCAGGCAGCAGAGCGUACUUUCUUUUGCUCAUGACGUAUGCUGCAUGUUGCUACUCCAAGAACCUAAUAGGCGCAGCUUGAUAAGCCUACCUACCGGUAGUACCAAAUCAAAAACUCACUUCAGUCACUCGUGGCUUAUGGAUAUGCCUUGCCAGCAAGUCGGGAUCCUCUUCGCUCCCCCACUUUUCCCCCAAGGUUAUUCACAUGCAAUCAGACUCCACACUUCACAUGCAUGCAAACAGGUUGCGCAGCAACUGGCGACAAGCGCCCACUCAAACUCAGAGAUAUAGUAACCAAGAACGCAGUUCAGGUACACGGUCACUUCAGAUGGCUAUGGAGGCACAGCGCCUGUACAACUCUCUGUUUGUCACUCACUCAACACUGCUGUUCGCACACACAGGCUCAACCUGGAUAUCCCACACGCAGCACACUGUACACUCACACACUCACACACGCCACUCUCUCCUAUCGGCUAUGGCGGCUAUGGCCGCUUCUAGCCUAUCGCUGUGGCUAAACUUCCUUGUCGCCCACUUCGUCUUCGGGCUCACUGCAGACCACCUCGCACAAGUCGCUGUUGCAGCGCUUCCGCAUGGCUCACGCAGGAAUGAAUGAAUGGCUGGGCGCUGCCUCUUGAUUUAUACUUCUGUAGCCCGAUGGUCUGGCCUUUUCCCAUGCCCGUGGUGCACACAGUCCCAUACGGUACUUGCUUGACUGGACUAGGACCGACUGGACUGGGACUGCUGACUCAGCACGGGUAGACUCCACCACUUGCCCACUUGCCUCAGCCUAAACGUGAGCAGCUUCGAAAGGCCAGUACUAGGACCUUCCGGAAACUUCAGUCCUGGCCUUUCGGACACUGUAGCAGCUACGACCUUGACCUUUCCGGACUGUAGCAGCUACGACCUUGACCUUUCAGAAGCCCUACAGCUACGACUUCUAGAACUUCCUAAGACCUCUACUCGACAGGUCUACAGAUCGAACCCUACCUUCUACAGACCCUACGACAGUCUACCAACUGUGGGAACAAACACAGGUCGGGGGUUCGACUCCUGGGAUCGACGCAGGUAAUGUACACAGGUAAGGUGGAGUCUAGGGAUGGAGCCCUAGGACCUGCAUUCACUACUGCUAAUAGGUGAAAACCGUUUCACACAUUUUAAUAAUGAUUUAUAGUGUGUCCUAUGAAUAGUCUGCUGAAUGGCAAAUAGGUUCAAUCUUGAGAAAGACUGUUGAGAGAAGUUCAUACCUUUGAGUCUGAAACCUUGAGCUGAGAGAAAACAGUUGGGUCUCUAACUUUUAAGUUGAUGAAAAGGAUAUUGCUGAUGAUCUUGUCGGUGAUCUGCCUUCUUAGAAAGUUGUACUCUGCUCACUCUGCACAUAACAAUGAAAUGUGCCCCCACAU